UGGAGAUAACAGGCGCGCAGAAAGCACUUCCGGUUAUACAAUAUGGCUAUAUUAAAAGAAGCUUUUACUUUAUGCCGACUACCUUCAGAGGAAGAACUUGUUGGUGUAUGCGAUGGAAACAAAGAUGAUCAAGUGAUCGUCUCUUUCAAAUCCAAAGGAAUAAGCGUAUACAAGAUUAGCAACCAGAAGCUGCUCCAUUGUUGGUCUCCAAGACAAGUUCAUUCCAUCACUGCUCCAGUAUUAUGGGAUCCCUCAAAUGAACAAUUAAUAGCAGUUCAUAAUUCAACGAUAAUUCGUAAAUGGACACUUGAAGAGAUGAAUUUUGAAGAAGCUAAGAAAAAACAUGUAAGUGUGUAUGUGUAUGGUAUUGUAAUGUAAUGUAAGGUUUCUGUU